AAAUAAAUAAAACACAUUUAAAAAUAUAUUUGUUAGCAAAAGAAUUUAACCAACUUAAAACAUCCUAUCAAACAAGUAACGAUUAUGAAUUAAAAUUUAAAGAAAAAUUAGAGACAGAAGAAUUACCUUCUGAAAAUGUAGAACUUAGUGAUAUACAAGAUAAUAAAAAGAUGAAAGAUAAUGAAAAAAUUUAA